GAACAAGGACCACAUAAAACGAUGACGUAUCGAGGUUCAAUUGUCAACAUGGUUGACUGCGGUAACUUACGAUGCUUUCAAGAAAGACGUUUAAUUAAAAAAGACUUGAUGUCAUGGAGUAAAAAGAUACCAUUGGUCGUAGGACUUGAAACAAUUGCUGAGCACGUUGGCAGCAGACGGAAAGUACGGAAGUUAUUUGAACCCUUCCACAGUCUGGAAAGUAAGACGCCCCAGGACUGGGAGCCAGAAGAAAACUGUUUCUACUGUUCGGACAGAAUACAGCUUCUGUUUGAUGCAAUAGAGAAGACAGAUUCUAAAGAAGGUGGAAAGAUUCUCAAAGACCAUCCAAGCUUACGUCAUCUGGGCGAAGUGCUUCCAUUCUUACCUCAGUUCUACACAAGCGACUUCGGGCGUGACCUCCUCACAGACAUCAAGUCUGCCAGCACAGAGCCCGAGCCAUCAUCUCCCGAGAAAGAACCUGAGCCCGAGCCCAAGGCCAACAUUGAGCUCAAAGUGCCUGCUGUGUCCUCCCCUGGACCCAGUGCGAAGUUGAAGAAGGCCAGCCCUCCAAACAGCAGGAAGUGCCACCUUGAUGAGGACCUCUCCUCCUCCAUGUCUGAGGUGAAGGGCGCGACACUGACUGGCCGUCGUGGGGGAUCUAUGUACGGUGUACCCAGAAGAACCCUCAGAACAAAGAUGUUCAAGAUGGAAACAGAUGAGAGCAGAGUGACUGCGGCCACAUUGCUAGAUGACGACUCCCACAGCAGCACAGACAUAUCCCAUAGUGCACCGGCCUCUGAGCUGGCCUUGUUCAAACACCUACCACGCUAUGGAGAGAUCCACGAUAGGCCUCUCAUGCUGACAGACCUGCUACAGCUGUCCUCACUGCAGUACCUGACCCCCAUUGCCAUGCCCUACUUCAUCACACCGGAGAUGAUAAGCAUGCACUACGGCAACAUGGAGGAGGAGACAGAGUGGGAGAGGAGGCUGCAGGCUCUCAGGCACAAGCACAACAUCAGCCAGGCAUCCAUGAACCACUACAAGGCGAAGGCAGCUGCCCACAGAUUCAAGCCCUACCAGCACGAUCUGAUCAAGAGGCUUACCCACGAGAGGCUCCAGCAGGAGAUCCGAGCUAUCAGGGCCCGCAGGCGUGACGAAUGCACGGCCAGCAAUGAGGUCCCCGCAGCCAGGCCCUCAGCCAAGUCCAGAAGUGGUAGGGUGUGCGAUGGGCGUGACCGCCACGUCUCGGACCACCACCACCACCACCAAGCACCGCCACAAGCAAAGAGAGUUAAACGCGAACUCAAGGAGAGUUCUGUUAUGAAUUCCAGCGGCCUUUUGCAGGAUGCCCUUUACAAAGCCUUAAAUACAAGCCAUCCAUUCCUGAACAGCCUGCACGAGUCUAACUCCUCGGAUUCCGAUGCGGGUAACAAAGUGCCUGAUUAUAUCUAUCAAUCGCUACCCUCAAUCGGUGAUAAGAGGGGCCCGGCCCUUUCAAAAGACAGCGACAUGGAGAGGAGGAUCUACGAAGGCCUUUUAAAAUAUGACAAUACCAGGAUUGGGGAUACCCUCAAAGACAUUAUAGUCAAAACGAUCUCAGAGAAAGUCAAGUGCAAGCUGGAAUCAACAGAUUUUGCUGGCCUUGUGGGUUCGGCGACCAAUGAAGAAAAGCAAAAAGCAAAAGAGUCAAUUUUGUCUGCAUUUUCCGUACCAGAUGUAUGUGCCUCAUCUCCCCCUAAAAGAAGCCGUCGUGAGUCCCAUCAUGGCAGCCAGGGAAAGUCUUCAUCAACAUCAGCGUCAGUUACAUCUAGCCAUAAUUCCUCAUCUGGUGGAACGCAGGCCAAGAAAACGAGACCAAAACGUGGCCAGUACCGGAAAUACAACAGCCAGCUGCUCACGGAAGCUGUGAAAGCGGUACAGAGGGGAGAGAUGAGUGUCCACAGGGCGGGCAGCUACUAUGGGGUGCCUCAUUCCACACUGGAGUACAAAGUGAAAGAGCGCCACCUAUUGAGGCAAAAGAAAAUCAAGGAGCAGCAAGAAGCAAAACAGAAACAAGAGGCAGAGGCAGCCAAGAGAAAGGAAGAUGAGGAGAACUCUAACUCUCAAGGCUCACUGGAUGAGGAGGAACUGUCACCAGACAAGAGAAUGUCCUCCAGAGAGUCGUCCAACUCUAGUCCACCCAAAUCAGGUCAAUCCACGUCCCCAUGGUUGCCAGCUAUGUCCGGGGGCUUGCCUUAUGAGAAUGCUGCCGCCCUGGGCCUGUUUGGCGUGGGUUUCGGUAUCAGCACCCCUGCAUCAGAGCUGCUAAGGAAACUGCAGCAUAAAGUGCAGAGUUGAGAGAGCGGUCCAUGCAUGUGCCGUCAUACAUGUGAAGCCAAUGAGGUGAAGUUUAUCACAUGUGUGUCUCGACUGUGUCUCAAUGUCUGUGUGAAACAUUCUCUUAUAUCAGCGCUGUUAACCAUCAUCCAAGUCAUCAUCUGAUGUUUGUGCAUCAGCAUGUGAACAGGUUUUGAUCGUCAUGAUACCUCUUCAGAAUAUGUUUAAGGUGGUUUUAACCCUUUACCACUUGGAUACAUCUUUUCACACAUGUGGUACUCCCUUAGAAAGUUAUAUUUAAUUUAAUACCUUUCCUACUACCGUAGAUUCAGUUUUUAAGGCUUCAUCUCCAAACCUUAGAUACUGAUGAGCAGCAAACAGCAUAAAACCUGAACAGACUGCGAGUUACUCAAAGGCUGUUCUGGUUUUAUGCUGUUUGCACAUAGCCAUUUUCACGUUGCUUCUGAGUGGAAAAGGGUUAAAUAAAUGAGUGUUCUAGUCAGCAAAAGCCUGUGUUUGACUUUUUGUACAAUAAACUCUAGUCAAGAUAUAAAUGGCCAUUACAUGAUGUUCUUUUUUAAUCCUAUGAUACCUUGUUAAUGUUUAUCUCAUUUGUUUUGUAUUGUGUUAUAUUACUUUUUCAUAUGUAUUUUCCAAUUAGACCAGGUCAUGUGGGGUAAUGGAUAUGGUGUCUGUCUAGC